ACCUGUUCUGAACUUCCCUGACCACACCAGAGACAGCCUUGAUGGCAUCUUGAGAAACUGGUCUUGAAUCAAGUACAAUUAUCCUGCCAUUUGGGUGUGCGUGAAAUCUUCCUCAGGAUGACUUUUGCAUACGCAAGAAGGCUCCCUUUGUGCUCAGCAUUGCCUGAAUAAUCUAUUGCAAGGAGAAUAUUUUAGCCCUGUGGAGUUAUCUUCCAUUGCCCAUCAGCUGGAUGAGGAAGAAAGGAUAAGAAUGGCGGAAGGCGGAGUCACUAGUGAAGACUAUCGCACCUUUCUACAGCAGCCUUCUGGAAACAUGGAUGACAGUGGCUUUUUCUCCAUUCAAGUUAUAAGCAAUGCCUUGAAGGUCUGGGGUUUAGAACUAAUCCUGUUCAACAGUCCAGAGUAUCAGAGGCUCGGGAUUGAUCCUAUAAAUGAAAGAUCAUUUAUAUGCAAUUAUAAAGAACACUGGUUUACAGUUAGAAAAUUAGGAAAACAGUGGUUUAACUUGAAUUCUCUCUUGACGGGUCCAGAACUAAUAUCAGAUACGUACCUUGCACUUUUCUUGGCUCAAUUACAACAGGAAGGUUAUUCUAUAUUUGUUGUUAAGGGUGAUCUCCCAGAUUGUGAAGCUGACCAACUUUUGCAGAUGAUCAGGGUCCAACAGAUGCAGAGACCAAAACUUAUUGGAGAAGAAUUACCCCAACUGAAAGAACAGAGAGUCUUUCAAACAGAUCUUGAACAAAUCUUAGAAGGAAGCGAGGGGUCAGGAAUGAUGGAUGAAGAUGAGGAGGGUCUACAGAGAGCACUGACACUAAGUCGCCAGGAAAUGGACCUGGAAGAUGAAGAAGCGGAUCUCCGCAGGGCUAUUCAGCUUAGUAUGCAAGGUAGUUCCAGAAAUGUACGUCAAGAUACUCCACAGCCAUCAAGUACAAAUGUUGCUUCAGAAGAGCUCCGGAAGAGAAGAGAAGCCUACUUUGAAAAGCAGAAGCAGCAGCAGCAGCAGCAAGUAGACCCAUCAGGACAGGUUUCAUAUCCGUGUGAAAGGCCGACAACAAGUUCAGAAAGACUUGGGAGUGAUCUAGCAGGUGAUUCCAUGAGUGAAGAAGAUAUGCUUCAGGCAGCCGUGACCAUGUCUUUAGAGACUGUUCAAAACAAUUUGAAAACAGAACGGAAACAGUAAUCCCUCUACAAAUCAUUUCGAUAUUCACGCUUCCUAACAUUGUUCUGCGUGAUUACAGCAUAGGGUCCAUUUUGGUCAUGUGUCAGAGGUACCAGUAGGAAGGGAGACAUAAGUGUGCAGACCAAAUGAUGAAAGAGUAAAACAUGGGCCAGGUGCAGACUCGCUUAUGAUCCUCCAGACACUAGCCAAAGAGACAUUUAGCAAUUAAAGAAUUUUUCAAUAGUUUUUCUAAAUGUACCUUUUUUGUUUUUUUUCCCCAGUGUGCAAUAUCUAACGCCUAAAUUUAGGGCCCCCCUAUUACAAGCUCACCAAUUAGCUCUUGCCACAGAACUUGUACUAUACUGUUGUUUUCCUUUUCAUUCUGCUGUAAUUUGGUUCAUGUUCAUCAUCUAAUAAUUGCUCUUCUUUUGCAUUAACCAAAUUGACCUUUUAGGAAAGUGUCUCUCUCAUCUUUCUUGAUACUAUUGAGAGUUUCAGAAACAUCUGCCUUUCCUCCCUUAAUUGCAUGUACUGUGCACUUGGGUGUUUUCUUUUGUUAUUUUCUGUGAUCACAGUUUCUCUGCUAUCCGCUUUUCACAUUGUUUUCUUUACUUGUUUUUUUUUUUAACAAUCCUUUUGGAAGCUGGUGAUUUUUUUCUGAGGGUUUGCUUUUAAGUUGUCUAUGGCGGGAUCAUUAUUUCAUGAGUUUGGUGCAUUCCUAAACUCUGAAAUCAGCUUUGCACAUAUAUUUGAGAAUAAACGAGCUUUUCGUUUUGUUUUGAAAUGUGUGAGCAAGUGCUUUCUCCUAUGCCUUGUGGAUGUCUUUUCAGUUAUAUCACAAUCUCUGUUUCCUUGUAACCCUUCUUCUUGUACCUUAUUAUUUCUUCUCCAAUUGAGAAAGGUAGGGAAAGCACAGUACACAGCAGAGUAACUCCUAAGACUUAACACAUGCACCCACUGUGAAUAUAUGAUAUGUGAAAUUUGGCCCCUGAGUUUAGGUUAGCAGUGGGUUCAUUUUAUCUAUUUUUCUAUGACUGGAGCUUUGUGUUCUGUUUACAGCUGGUUCCUGGAAUGUAGAUAUCUGCUUCGCAAAUUUUAGCAGUGUAGCUAAACAGAGAUGGUGAUCUGGAACAUGAAAAUAAUUAACUAAUGAAAUUUAUCAUGUAAUUUCACAUUUGCAUCAUGUCUAAAUAGCUUAAGAAUUGUAGAAGUCACAGUACGUAAUGAACUUGUAAAUAAGAAAGUCCUUAAUUUUGAUAAACUUUCUUUUAUGGGGAUAUACAGUUUCUUGCUAGGUCACUACAGUGGCAUGAUUUGGGUGAAAAUUAACCAUGUCUGUCUGGAGUGGGUGUUUUAGAUUGUUACUUGCUCUCUAUCCCUUACUCCCCAAUCCUUGAGGCCCUUAUAAAUGCUGAAUUGUACAUAAACUAGAAUUCAAGAAGAAAUAGCAGCCAACUAUGUAGAGAAGUACGGAUACGGUGUGUUACGCCAAUGAUGUAAAGAAGUCUAAGUAUGGUGUGUUACCCUAAUGGUGUGCGUGGCCGCACACAUUUUAUCAGGGAAAGUUUUUUGAUGUAGGAUUUAUUGCUAACUAAAAGAGAUAAAAAUAUUUUUAUUUAUGAUUAGGAAAUAACUUUUUCUUGGAUAGAACAGAUAUUUUUAGUCAUGGUUUUUGUGCCAAUUAAUUUUUUUCUGAAGUUACUAUCACAAAAUCAGACAUUAUUUUUUAAAAUCUAAGGUUUUCUUUUAAUAAUUGAAAAUGUUUCAGAAAAACUAUGGAACUUUAAAACUACUAGGGGUGUUUGAGUUUCGUGCCCCUCUCUAAGAUUUGCAAAUAAAUAUGCUGUCAUUGG